UGUUUAUCAUAUCCGGUAUUGCAACAUAUUUAAUACGUACUUGAAACCUUAUCUGUUGUCGUCAGUCUUAUUGUCCGAGAUUGAAAUAGAUUCUGGUAGAUUGUGACUAUUUGAAUCAUAUGACCGAUAGCGUCACUGUCACUGAAAUUCUUAACAAAGGAUAGGAUUGUGUUACUGUGUGUGUGUGUGUCAGGAUUUGAGAAGGGAUUCGUAAUUGUUAUUGACCGGACAAGGAAGGUGUUAAGAAUGUCACUAUAUCCUUCUCUUGAAGAUAUGAAAGUUGACCAGCUGGCAACGGCACAAUAUCGGUUUGAGUCACAGUUUAAUCCGGUUGCAUUACCAAUAGCAAAUGCGCCAUCUUCUCCUCCAUCAUAUGCAUUGAACCCAACAGAAGUUCCCAAUGUAGGAAGAUACGGAGGUUCACUGUAUCCUGAACUUUCUGACUACAUGGGGUUGGAUAUUUCGCCUCAGGCUUUGGCAGAACUGGCACCAAAAUAUGCUGUGGCAAUACCACAACCAUCAGCUGUUUCUGUUCCUACGGCACUGUCUGGGCCACUUGUUGGAAUGGUAGCACCCUUGUCAGGGCAGUCAUUGGGUCUCCAGAGAGCUCAGGUGACAAAUGGAAUUAGGGAGCUGACUUUGUGCAAAGAUGCUUCUGGAAAGGUUGGUGUACGGGUGCAGGCUGUCAACAAGGGCGUGUUUGUAUGCCUGGUCACAAAGGGCUCUCCAGCCGCUAUAGCCGGCAUGCGGUUUGGAGAUCAAGUUCUGCAGAUAAAUGGUACUACCGUAGCUGGUUUUUCCAUGGAUCAGGUCCAUUCCUUGUUCCGUAAAAGUCCGGUCAAUGGUAUCUCUGUCGUGGUUCGAGAUAGACCUUUCGAGCGUACAGUCACCUUGCAUAAGGAUAGUGUUGGCCACAUUGGGUUUCAAUUCAAGAACGGGAAGAUAAUUGGACUGGUAAAGGAUUCGUCAGCAGCUCGCAAUGGCCUGCUCACUGAGCACCAUCUUCUGGAAGUUAAUGGACAGAAUGUUGUCGGAAUCAAGGACAAGGAUAUCACAGCAUUGAUAGAUGAAGGAGGCCCCAUAAUUACGGUUACAGUCAUUCCUUCGUUCAUAUAUGACCACAUUGUUAAAAAGAUGGCCUCAAGUCUAAUAAAGGGGUCCAUGGAUCAUUCAGUACCGGACGUGUAAUAAUUCUUUGACUUGUAAGACGUUGUUUGGCCAUAAAUAUUAAUGGGAGGUGUGCAGAGAACAUGGACAUCAUGUAUUCUCUUACAUUUACCUCUUCUCUUCUUCUUAUUCCUCAUAAAUAAGAAUAUGUAGUUAUAUAUGUAUGUGAUACUUUUAACAAUAUUUUUAUAAUAUUCAGAAACAUUGCCGAUUAUUUUGCAGGAUAUUGAGGUGGGUGUUAGAGUUAAAGAACAGCAGUAUUGAAUAUUAAAUGGUUUGUAUUGUAACAUUGUCAAUAUUUGAAAUCUCCAUGUAUCUCUAAUGUUUAUGUUUAAAGAUGAGUGUUUUUCAUGGACGGAACAUGGUUUUGUUUCCUAAUUUUCAUGCAUUAACAAAGGCUGUAAAUGUAUAUGGAUGCAGCUCUUCAACUUAUCAAGGAUUUCAUUUCUAUGACGUUAAUGGAAUCAAAGACUUCAAUUUUAAUUGAACUGUAAUAAUAUCUUUUUGAUGUAAUAAUUUUCAAGUUAAAUAUAUGUUUUAUUUUACA